AUGACUCGAGGAUACGAGAAGUUAGACGUUCGGGGUGAUGACCACCUCGACAGCGACAGCAACAGAGACGAGGACGACAGCAACCUUGGCCUCCUGCGAGGAAAGUGGAAGGCCAGCAAGCGUCGCUCAGGCUGGUUGAGGUCCAUCCUGGUUGGCCUCGCCGGUGUCGUCAUCCUGGCGAGCCUGUGCGCUGUCGCCUAUACCUCUGUCGGCGUGCACAACAUUCAACAUUCGCUGCACAUAAAGGCCACCGGAACGGAACUGGGUGACUGUGGUUCGAGCCACACGGUCGAGGAAGCACGAGCCAAGGGCUGUGUCUUCGACCCCAUGAGCUGGCUCUGGGUCCGGCCCGAGUGCUAUGACGCCGAACUCAUCGACGACUUUAUGCAACGCACCGACUGGUCGUGGCACACGGACUGGCAUUUGACCCCUGAAAGCCAAGUACCCAUGGACAUCGUCUUCCGUGGCGACCACCCGCAACUCUUCACGGCCAAGAAGUACCACGCCAUCCACUGCACCUACAUGUGGCAGAAGAUGCACAAAGCCCUGAUUGAACACCGACCCGUGGACAGCGACUUGACCAAUUGGCAUCACACUCACCACUGCGAGGAAGUCCUGCUAGACGACUACCUGCACGAGGACUCGAACUGCACGGCAGACAUGAUAUGUCCGACAUUGGUGAGGGCGACCUGGACGAGCUGCGGAUACUUUUAG